GCUCAUGGGUGGCCUCAUGGGCUGGAUGGGCGUGAUGAGCCUGUUCGAGGCUCGCAAUAUCUACAAGCUGCGCAAGGCGCGGCAGCUCCAUACCCACCCCCUCUUCGAGGUCGCCAAGUCCUGGCGGCGUACCGAACGGGACGCCUUUGGCACGGUUCAUCGGAUAAACAACUCUGAUUUUGAUGACGAUGCGCCACUGACCACUGGAGGUUGGCGCAACUUCUGCAGCCUCUUCCGACGCAGCUCCGUGCAGGAGGAGCGGCUCAUCGAGCCGAGUCCGCGGAGCCGCUGCUGCUGCUGUCCUUGCUUCCCAGUUUCGCGAAGUACAGUGGAGGAGAUUGUGCCGCCUCAGUCCGCAAGCGCCGCGCAGCAGUCGGCUCUUCGGGCGCAGCGCGACCAAUUCGUGCAGAGGCCCCACUAG